AAACAUAUAUCCAAUCUUAGAUUUAAACACAAACAACAAACCACACCACAAGACAUAACAAUGGGAAUUCAUCAUCAACUUCUUCAUGCUACUCAAAUUAUUCGACGGCGAUCAUCAGCUUCUUCGAAACACCGAUCAUUUGUGACCGUUGAUGAUCAUGGUCAUCAUCAUCAGGGGGUUCCAAAAGGACAUUUUGCAGUGUAUGUUGGUAAAGAGAGUGAAGUAAUGAAGAAUAAGAGGUUUGUGGUACCAAUCUCAUAUUUGAAGCAUCCUUUGUUCCAAGAUUUGUUGAUUAAAGCUGCUCAAGAGUUUGGUUUUGAUCAUCAUCCAAAGGGUCCCAUUACUAUCCCUUGUGCUGAACAAGAUUUUAUUAAUCUUAUUUCUUCUUUAUUUACCUCAAUACCUAACUACAAUUAAUAAUUAAUAAUUAGAUAUUGUACGACUCUCAUCAUAUAGGCUGUAAAUAUAUAAUUAUUAUUUCUUAUAUAUUUAUUUAACUACUUCGAUCUUCA